AUGGACAUGGACGUGGACAUGGACAUGGACGUGGACAUGGACAUGGACGUGGACAUGGACAUGGACGUGGACGUGGACGUGGACAUGGACGUGGACGUGGACAUGGAUGUGGACGUGGACAUGGACGUGGACGUGGACGUGGACGCGAACAUGGACGUGGACGUGGACGUGGACGUGGACGUGGUCGUGGACCUGGACGUGGACGUGGUCGUGGACGUGGACGUGGACGUGGUCGUGGACGUGGACGUGGACGUGGUCGUGGACGUGGUCGUGGACGUGGUCGUGGACAUGGACGUGGACGUGGACGUGGACAUGGACGUGGACGUGGACGUGGACGUGGACGUCGACUUGGACGUGGACGUGGACGUGGACAUGGACGUGGACGUGGACGUGGACGUGGACGAGGACUUGGACGACGUGGACACGGACGUAGACGUGGACGUUGACGUGGUGGACGUGGACGUGGACGUGGACGUGGACAUGGACGUGGACGUGGACGAGGACGUGGACGUGGACAUGGAUGUAGACGUGGACGUGGACGUUGACGUGGACGUGGACAUGGUCGUGGACGUGGUCGUGGACGUGGACGUGGACGUGGACAUGGACAUGGACGUGGACGUGGACGUGGACAUGGUCGUGGACGUGGACGUGGACGUGGACGUGGUCGUGGACGUGAACGUGGACGUGGACGUGGACGUGGACGUGGACCUGCACCUGGACGUGGACGUGGACGUGGACGUGGACGUGGACGUGGACGUGGACGUGGACGUGGACGUGGACGUGGACGUGGACGUUGACGUGGACGUGGACGUGGACGUGGACGUGGACGUGGACGUGGACGUGGACGUGGACGUGGACGUGGACGUGGACGUGGACGUGGACGUGGACGUGGACGUGGACGUGGACGUGGACGUGGACGUGGACGUGGACGUGGACGUGGACGUGGACGUGGACGUGGACGUGGACGUGGACGUGACGUGGACGUGGACGUGGACGUGGACGUGGACGUGGACUGACGUGGACGUGGAACGUGGACGUGGACUGACGUGGACGUGGACGUGGACGUGGACGUGGACGUGGACGUGGACGUGGACGUGGACGUGGACGUGGACGUGGACGUGGACCGUGGACGUGGACGUGGUCGUGGACGUGGUACGUGGACGUGGACGUGGACGUGGUCGUGGACGUGGACGUGGACGUGGACGUGGACUUGGACGUGACUUGGACGUGGACUUGGACGUGGCGGGACGUGGACUUGGACGUGGUCGUGGACCUGGACGUGGACGUGGUCAUGGACAUGGUCGUGGACGUGGACGUGGACAUGGUGGUGGACGUGGACGUGGACGUGGACGUGGACGUGGACGUGGACGUGGACGUGGACGUGGACGUGGACUUGGACGUGGACGUGGACUGGACGUGGACGUGGACGUGGACGUGGACGUGGACAGGGACGUGGACAGGGACGUGGACGUGGACGUGGACGUGGACGUGGACGUGGACGUGGACGUGGACGUGGACGUGGACAUGGACGUGGACGUGGACGUGGACAUGGACGUGGACGUGGACGUGGACGUGGACGUGGACGUGGACGUGGACGUGGACGUGUACGUGGACGUGGACGUGGACGUGGAUGUGGACGUGGACGUGGACGUGGACAUGGACAUGGACAGGAACGUGGACGUGGACGUGGACAUGGACAUGGACAGGAACGUGGGCAUGGACGUGGACGUGGACAUGGACGUGGACGUGGACGUGGACGUGGACGUGGACGUGGACGUGGACAUGGACGUGGACAUGGACGUGGACGUGGACAUGGACAUGGACGUGGGCAUGGACAUGGACGUGGACAUGGACGUGGACAUGGACGUGGACAUGGACGUGGACAUGGACGUGGACGUGGACAUGGACAUGGACGUGGACAUGGACGUGGACGUGGACGUGGACGUGGACAUGGACGCGGACGUGGACGUGGACAUGGACGUGGACAUGGACGUAGACGUGGACGUGGACGUGGACAUGGACGUGGACAUGGAUGUGGACGUUGACGUGGACAUGGACGUGGAAAUGAACGUGGACGUGGACGUGGACGUGGACGUGGACAUGGACGUGGACAUGGACGUGGACAUGGACGUGGACAUGGACGUGGACAUGGACAUGGACGUGGACGUGGACGUGGAUAUGGACGUGGACGUGGACGUGGACAUGGACGUGGACGUGGACAUGGACGUGGACGUGGACGUGGACAUGGACGUGGACGUGGACGUGGACGUGGACGUGGACAUGGACGUGGACGUGGACGUGGACGUGGACGUGGACGUGGACGUGGACAUGGACGUGGACGUGGACGUGGACGUGGACAUGGACGUGGACGUGGACGUGGACGUGGACGUGGACGUGGACGUGGACGUGGACAUGGACGUGGACGGGGACGUGGACGUGGACGUGGACGUGGACGUGGACGUGGACGUGGACGUGGACGUGGACAUGGACGUGGACGUGGACGUGGAGGACUUGGACGUGGAUAUGGACGUGGACGUGGACGUGGACGUGGACGUGGACAUGGACGUGGACGUGGACAUGGACGUGGACGUGGACGUGGAGGACGUGGACGUGGACGUGGACGUGGACGUGGACGUGGACGUGGACGUGGACGUGGACGUGGACAUGGACGUGGACAUGGACGUGGACGUGGACAUGGACGUGGACGUGGACGUGGACGUGGACAUGGACGUGGACAUGGACGUGGACGUGGACGUGGACGUGGACGUGGACGUGGACGUGGACGUGGACAUGGACGUGGACGUGGACGUGGACAUGGACGUGGUCGUGGACGUGGACGUGGUCGUGGACGUGGACGUGGACAUGGACGUGGACGUGGACGUGGACGUGGACGUGGACGUGGACGUGGACGUGGACAUGGACGUGGACGUGGACGUGGAUGUGCACAGGGACGUGGACGUGGACGCGGACGUGGACGUGGACAUGGACGUGGACGCGGACGUGGACGUGGACGUGGACGUGGACGUGGACGUAGACGUGGACGUGGACAUGGACGUGGACGUGGACAUGGACAUGGACAUGGACGUGGACAAGGACGUGGAUGUGGACAUGGACGUGGACGUGGACGUGGACGUGGACGUGGACAUGGACGUGGACGUGGACGUGGAGGACUUGGACGAGGACGUGGACGCUGACGUGGACGUGGACGUGGACAUGGACGUGGAUGUGGACGUGGACGUGGACGUGGACGUUGACUUGGAUGUGGUCGUGGACGUGGACGUGGACGUGGACUUGGACGUGGACUUGGACGUGGACGUGGACGUGGUCGUGGUCGUAGACGUGGACGUUGACGUGGUGGACGUGGACGUGGACGUUGACGUGGACGUGGUCGUGGACGUGGACAUUGACGUGGUGGACGUGGACGUGGACGUGGACUUGGACGUGGACUUGGACGUGGACGUGGACGUGGACAUGGACGUAGACGUGGACGUUGACGUGGUGGACGUGGACGUGGUCGUGGACGUUGACGUGGUCGUGGACGUGGACGUAGACGUGGUGGACGUGGACGUGGUCGUGGACGUGGACGUGGACGUGGUGGUGGACGUGGACGUGGACGUGGACGUGGACGCGGUCGUGGACGUGGACGUGGUCGUGGACGUGGACGUGGACGCGGUCGUGGACGUGGACGCAGUCGUGGACGUGGACGCGGUCGUGGACGUGGAUGUGGACGUAGACAUGGACGUUGAUGUGGACGUGGACGCGGACGUAGACGUGGACGUGGACCUGGACGUGGUGGACGUGAACGUGGACGUGGACCUGGACUUGGACGUGGACAUGGACGUUUAG